AUGAAAUUGAUUUCCUGCAGUCAUAUCUUUCUAAUUUUCUACGCUGUGGACAGCGUAGGCAGUUCAGAAACCAUUGAGGUGCGGCCACCCAAUCAGACUGGCAGCUCGGGAGCUCCGCAGCUGCUGGACGAGGCCGGCAAAGGAUUCAAUGUCAUGGGUGAGGCAGGACUAUCUUCGCAUGUGGAAUGUAUAUAA